AUACUAAUGCCUUUUUUAUUAACAGAAUGAAACAAAGAAUGUAAAAAGGAAAAGUGAGUGUAAAGCCACACUUUCUGAGGAUACAUAUAGCACACAGGACAAUGUGUUAGAUGAUGCCGACAUGGGAAGUUACCCACAAAAUACACAGAUCCAGCCAGCGAGCACCUGCUUUUCUCCCUUGAGACAAUCAGAACCCAUUUGCAAGUUUCACUGGAUAGCAGCCUUCAACGAUGAAAUGGCAUUUCAAAAUCCAGCGGACGGCUUUUCUUACACCGAGAAGCCAGAAUUGCAAAGUACUGUAUGCAGUUAUGCAGAAGACAGCAAGGAAAACCAAGACGCACUUAAGAAAGAAAAUUCAGGGGAAGCUAGCCUUUCCACAGCUACAGACCACGAGUGUGUCGCACAACCUGCUAGAAGCCCACGCCACUGCAGUGAAGAGACUCUGAAGUUUAUGGAAAAGCCCCUGGCCACACGUACAGCCCUAGGAUCUAUCCUCAGCCCUAGUUGGCCUCAGAACUUUUUGUAUAAAGAAAGCGUCUCUGAAAAUGCUGAAGACCCAUGUUACAGUGGAAACAGCUUUAACCUGCAUGAGCUGAGAGUUAACGGCAAGACAGAGGAGACUGGAGUUUUUUCAAAAGAAAUACAGAUUUCUGAGGAGAGUCUUGAGAUGUCAGCCAGUCACCAGGAGGAAGUCCUAGUGGAAGACCUGGAAAGCCCUGGGACUGCCUCAGCUUGGUGCCUGGCAGGUGUCUCUAGGAGUGCUGGAGGCUCUCAGGAGUCCUGUGUGAUGCCUGACAUGGAGCGAAGCUUUGAAAGCUUCCAGCCUCUGGAAGAGGACAUGGCUUUAAACGAGGCCUUCCAGAGAUUGCAGCACUCUAACAGAGAGCAGCAAAUGCAAAUCCAAGAACUUCAGUGCAGCAACCUGCACUUACAGAAGAAGAAUAAAGAGCUACAGAUGAAGAUUAUCAAGCAGCCAGUGUUCUUUGACAUCAUCAGUAAGCUAGAGAAGAAUAUGGAAGAAUUAAUUGAGGACAAAUACAACAUGAAGCUAGAGAAGAACGAGAUGAGCAGGAAAUUGCAGAAUUUACAGGAGACUUUAGCUAUCACUGAAAAACAUCUUCAGGAAUCCAGGAAAGAGAAGGAAGCCUUACAACUCCAAGUUGAGAAGAUCAAGGCCAAUUACAUGCUUUUACAGGAAAGGUACAUGACUGAAGUUCAGCAGAAGAAUAGAUCUGUGAGCCAGUGCAUAGAGAUGGACAGGAGCUUGGUUGAGAAGGAAGGAGAGCUAGAAAGACUGCAGAAGCUCAAGGGAGAGCUGGAGAAGGCCAGCACUUCUGCUCUAGACUUGUUGCAAAGGGAAAAAGAGACCCGAGAGCAAGAGUUCUUCUCUUUACAGGAGGAAUUCCAGAAAUGUGAGAAGGAAAACCUGAAGGAGAAGCAGAAAUUGAAAUGGAGAGUUGAGAAACUGAUCGCUCAAGUUAAGAAUUUGCUCUACAUCUGUGAAAAUGAAAAGGCUAAGAAUAUAAAGCUUCAGCAGCAGAUCAAUGAGGUGCAAAACGAAAAUGCACAACUUCGAGAGCAGGUCGCAAGGAAUGAGGAGCAGAACUGGGUCCCCAAAGUUGAGAUUGCUCAAUUGCAGGAGAAAUUAGAGGAAAGAAUGGUGCCAGAUGUUGCCAAGGACACCACCCUUCCCAAUGCUGAACAUUUCAAAGAAAGUGAGAAAGUGAGUGAAGUCGUGCUGCAAAAGUUGAAGAGCCUUCAUUUUAAAAAGAAAGAUUUUGAUAAAGAGCUACUGAAACAUAAAGACAGAAUCACAACCUUUAGAGAGUUAAUUGCCAGUGAAAAGGCAUUUCAAGAUCACAUCGUUGAGGUCACUGGUUUUGAUUCAGAUGAAGCCAAGAAGGUGAAAGAUGUUCCUAUCUUACUGGGAGCCAAACUGGAUGAGUACCACAGUCUCAACGAGGAGCUUGAUUCCGUGAUCAAAAAAUUGGGAAGCCUUGUAGAGGUGAAAGAAGACCACUGCCACAAGCUCAUUGAAGAGAAUGACACGUAUCAGAGACAGUUAGGCUGCUUGAUAAGUAAGGUCACAUCAUAUGAGGAGAUUAUCAAAUGUGCUGACCAAAGGCUGGAGGGAUCCCAUUCCCAGAUUGUGCAGUAA